AUGAAGAUAUUUUUAGUAUUUGGUUUUUUAUCCUUGGCUUUUUCGGUACCCAUUCCAUCAAACUCAUCAGAGCACGCGGAAUUAACUAAAUCAGCACCGUUUACUGAAGGAUCAGGGGAAGUACAGGCAAAACAGGUGCCAUUAGUUUCUUCCAUUCUUGGCUCCUUUUCUCGCCGUUUUGCUAAAGGUUUGUCCACAGCUCAAUUCAUUUACCGUCAAUGGGACAAUCGCUUUUAUCUUACAGAUCACGGCUGGGAAAACCUAGAAUACAUUGGUCUCAAAGGAAUUUCUUCUGGACCUUUUAGCAGAUUUAAACCAAAAGCUUUCAUAAAAAACCAAGGUUGGGUUACUGGUCUUCAUUUUACUAACUGGGAGUUACCACUGAGAACAAUUCCUAAUGUUGUUGACCGAAAUGGUUUUUUGAAAAAUGGCAAAAGAUGUUGGGGUAUUGAUAUGUAUCGGGGUAUUCCUUAUGCUAAGUCUCCAGUUAACAAACUGCGAUUUAAAAGACCUGUCAAAUAUCAGCAUAAAAAUUACAAUAUGAAAGCUGAAAAAUUUGGAAAAAGUUGUAUAAACGCUUCUCCUUUUGCAUUUUCUGAUAUUACUCGUGAUGAGUUUGACAAGUUAUCUAAAGAUAAACAAACAAAAGUGAUUGAUUAUAUAAUUAAAGGUUGGGCUACUGGAGAAGAUUGUUUGACUUUGAAUAUUUAUAAACCUGUUAUCCAUGAUUGUGCAAAUAUGGAUUCUUCUGAACUUUUCCCAGUAGUAGUGGUAUUUCAAGGUGGAUUUUUUCAAAUUGGUAAAUCAAAACACUUUCAUCUUGACGCUAGCAAAUUUAUUGAAAGAGGGUUUGCUACUGGAAAUCCUGCAAUAAUUGUCACAUUUAAUUCCCGUUUGGGUCCAUGGGGGUUUCUUGCCGGAGAAGCUAUUACUGAAGAAGGUUCAGCAAAUGCCGGAUUUUAUGACCAACGUAUGGUGCUUGAAUGGGUAGCAGACAAUAUUAAAAGUUUUGGUGGUGAUCCUGCUAAAGUAACCUUAUAUGGAGAAUCUAGCGGAGCAAUUAGUGUUGCUCAUCACAUGGUAGCCAAUAACGGAAAUUCUACUUACAAAGGAAAGAAGUUGUUCCAAGCAGCUGUACUUGAAGAUGGUGGUCCCUGGAGUUUUUCAAGCUCCAAAUCCAUACGUCCACAAAAACAGUUUGAAGAGUUUUCUAAAGCGGCAGGAUGCACUGAUUUAAAGACAGCUUUAGAUUGUCUUCGCAAAAAACCAGUGAUCGAUUUACAACUAGUCCAAAACUUUGCUACUAAAAAGCGGGAUGCUAGUGAAUAUAUUCGAGAUUCGUUUUUUUCUUGGGGGCCAAGAUGGGAUGGCGACUUACUUACAGACAAUGCUUUAAAACUUGUGCGAGAAAACAAAAUCACAAAAAUACCAACUCUUAUUAUAAAGGUUGAUCAGGGAGAAAAUCUGUUCACAAUGCUUCUUAAUAUGAACAGUGGAUUUGGAGAGUCGGACUUGUGGAGUUAUGGUAAAACUUUGUGGCCUUCCAUUACUCUAAGCGAUGCAAAAACAAUUGCCUUAGAUUUGUAUCCGGACAAAAUCGAGGCAAAAUACAAAACAACUUUAAAAGACUAUUUAUGGAGACUUAUCAACGAAAUUUUUUUCCCUGGAAAUUUAAGAUUAGCAACAAUACUUGAAGAUUCAGUUUAUGGUGCUCCCACAGAAGCUUUAUUGGAAAUUCUUUCGAAAACGACUUCAGUAUAUUUUAUGGAGCAUAAUGUGGUUGUUCGGCAUCGUCCUACAAUAAAAACAGUUCGAACUGGUGAGAUCUUUAGAAAAUUUAACUCAGAUACUAGUGGCUGGCACUCCAACAGAGUGAAUAUUUUGGCAUUUGCCUCGCAUUUAGAUCCUAACAAUUAUGUGCAUGCAACAUAUCAAUUUGUGAAUAAGGUGCAAAGCAAUAACCCUUUAUUGCAAAGCAAAAGAUUAAAAUUUUUGGCUUCAAGACCAGAGCUUAUUGAAAUGUGA